AAGCGAGAAGCAGGAAAAUGGACAGAAAUAAGAGACCGGACAUGACCUCUAAAUCCUCGCAGCUAGCUCCGACGAGGAACCUGCGCUGGGUGAUCAAGCUCCCGGAAGAGGACGUGGGGUUCGACAGCAUCUGUGGUCUGUCAGAUCACAUCACAGCCCUGAAGGAGAUGGUCGUGUUCCCACUGCUCUACCCGGAGUUGAAUAUCCUGCCUCCCAGCAGGAAGACAUCAUUCUUUAUGAGGAACGGACGAUCCCAGCUCCCCGUGUCCCGACUCCGGCUCUCCGUGUCCCCUGCCAUGUCUGUCUGAACAUUUCCUGGAAGAACUGGCCUUGAUAUGUGUCGGUUACUGCAGCGCGGACAUCCGGGGCCUGUGCGACGAGGCGGGGCUGUGCGCUCUGCGGCGUCGCUACCCGCACAUCUACAACACGUCCCAGAAGCUCCUGCUGGACUGCUCCCUCCAUCGUCGUUGGCCCAUUUGACUUUGUGAUGGCGAUGUGGAAGAUGCUGCCGACCUCCCGUCGCUGCGUCCUCGGGCCGCCAUACCCCCUGUUGUCCUUUUUAAAGUAUCGAACAAAUAUAUGACAACUAAGAAAACUUGUGAAGUUGUUUGAUCAAAUACUGCUCAGGAACUGACUUUAGAUUUAAUCUUUUAAAAUCUAACAACAUCGUCCAGCUGUUUCCAUGAGUCUGUUCUGGAAAUUCAUCCGGUGAAAACUCUCAGAUUCAUUCUCUGUUAUUGCAUCAUACCUGCAAACUUGUCACCUUUCGGCGAAAUUCGCCGUUUUUAAAUCAAAAUAUGCCAUCCACGUGGAUCGUGGAGAUCCGGAGAGUUUUUGUUUUCCGCGGGGCAUCUGAUGGGGCAGCGUUUCUGAGAUCGGAGUGAGACACGGAGAAAAGUUGCUGUCGUGAGUGAUCUUCGCAAAUAAAACAUCUUUGAUGUGUCGAGUCUUGGCCAAUCAG